AUGGAUCGCUGGACUCUAGACUACACUGCUACACUGACCUCGAAGACGGUCAAGGUCGCGGAUCCGCCUGGCUUUGCGCCUGCACUGGCAGUCAAGCCGUCUACGAAGAACGCUACAUCCCUCAUCAAGCCAAGUCCCGUCGACCUCGACGCGUUGCGGCAGCAGAAGGCGUGGGAGCUCGCGUUUGCGCCAGCAAAGAAUGUGCCGAUGCAGGCCUUCAUGAUGUACAUGACCGGCGGCGGCAUCCAGAUCUUCAGCAUCAUGAGCGUGUGGUUCCUCUUCAAGCAGGCGUUUGGCGGCAUGAUGGGCGUCCAGCAGGUCUUCGCACCGUUCGAUGCGGCGGUCAAAGCCAAGGCGGCGCACAGCAAAGCGGAUCCGCCGUCCUUCCUCUUUCAAAAAGUCGUCUACGUCCUCUGCCAGUUCGCCCUCGUCGCCGUCGGACUCUGGAAGUGCCGCUCGAUGGGCAUCCUACCCGACUCGGCGGCGGACUGGGCACCCUUGCUCGGAAGACCCGUUGCUCCACCCGUCCAACCGCUUGGCAUCCGCAUCGAGCCGCUGACGCCUGGCGCGGCCGGCCAACCUCAUGUAGAGCUGUAG